AUGUUGGACUGUUCUCAGGGCUAUCACACACCUCAACCUGACCCUCAUGCUUCUCCGGAUCCCCCACCAGAAGCUGAUCCUCAACCACCCUUUUCCGCUCUGCGGCCGUCAUCGUGUUCACUUCAGAGAACGUCUCUGAAUCUUUCUGAGCCGACAUCAACAACUUCUGGCUCCGAAAAUGAACGACUGUUUUCUUCAGGAGAUGAAGACUCAAUGGAAUUUCAGAGCGAUACCGCAUACGACUCAAUGGCAACAAGGGCUACAACGAGCAGUAACUCAGAUCUUCCCGGUCUAGAGAUUGAAAGACUGUUUGACGAUUCCCCUGGUCCCAAAACAAAAAAAGAAACCUUGUUAUCCCUCGAAGAUCUCAUACCACUGGGUUCAUUUAGUGAACCGUCACAGCAUGACGAAACUUCUCUGGAUAGUUUAGAAAGCCUCUCUACACCAAGAGAUGACCAUUCUAGCAACCCAGAAGUUGUUGAAUCUUUUGCCACUCCCGUUGCUGCUCGAGAGAGCCAGUCACAGGCUCGAGACUUCUCUUCUUCUUCGCCUCUUUCGACACGUUAUCCUGAUGUCCAGCAGCAUGAAAAGAAUCCCACAGAGCUAACCACAGAGCUAACCACAGCUCAGAAAGAAGGCACGACUUGUCUUGAUGGGGAUCUUUGGGACGACGAGUUCUGUGCCAAAUCGACUGCUACAUGGAGACCGGUAAGUCCUGAGUUGCCUCAGUACACUUCCUGGAGGCUCAGCCCGCCGCUGCUACCAGCACACCAACAUCCACCUCUACCGCUCAGGCAGGGUCUUGACGACCUACGUGAAGAAAAACGCUUGUCAAUUUUCGACUGGUCGGAACAACAGCGAUCUGACCAUGACUCACUGCAUGGCUCAAGCCCUAGACCCCGGACGAUGCACAGCAAGCAGAGCAAUGACGGCCGUGGGAGCCGCGCACCUGGACGCCGCGCACCGAAUGCUCUUCAUCUACGCAGCCAGAGCGUCCCUGCAGCCAAGGAGUCUUACCUAGACAGUGAUCCUGGGUACCCACCAGCCAAGUUCGGUACCUGGGGCCUCGGCAACAAAGGUGUGAGCGAGGAAUGGACAGACGACUUCGAAUUCGACGAGCUUGAAGAAUGUGAUACCCAGCAGGUUCCUGAGAGAUCAGGAGCAGGGAUGAAAGUGCCCCAAGCCAUCAUCGACCGGCAGGCAAGCGUCCAUGGCCAGUUUGGUCAGGUGCAAGAAUUUAUGCUGCUUGUCGAGGAACUUAAGAGGCUCAAACACCAAGGCACCUUGUUGGACUUGAUGAAAGGGCCUUCACAUCAUCUAUGGGAUGAUGCAGAAAACAUCAUCAAUUUGGCCACCCUGAACGAGGAUGACGAGGAGUUCGUGCCACCCCUCUCGCCCGGCUUCUCCAAUGGCUUUGAUGAUUUUGACGUGGAUACAUUUGUUCCUCAUUCGCCAAAUCAGCCGCACUUCCUCAAUACCGAGGACGAACACAAAACAUUCAUCAAUGCAAUCUUAAACUCAGCACCCACAACACCGGCAACCGGACGGCCCCGUGGGGAGAGUUUGGCGCAGGCCAAGUCCUUCCUCCAGACAAUUCAUCAGAACCGUACCGGUAUAGAGUCUUCCCCGUUCGAAGAUCAGGGCCAACCUCCAAAGCUACCUUUCGAUACGCAGGACCUACGUGAUCUUGUCAUCAGGGCAGGUGUAGCUACUAGAGCUCUCAAGGACCUUGUUCGUAAGGCAGAAGAUGUCCUUGCAAGUCCUGAUCGGACCCCAAAAGAGCCUCAAGAUCCCCCUUUCAGUCAGAUAUUCAAUAGACCUCAAAGCCCAUCUCCAAUAUCUCCUCCAAUCUCUCAGAAACCUCCUCUCGUGAAGAGUACCAGCGUGAACAGUUAUAUGGAAGGGUCAUUGGCUGGCAGUAACAACGAACCAGAUAGACUUGGGCACAUGAACUUGAUGACAGUGGCAUGA